AUGUCUUCUUGUCUCACUCCUUGUUCCCGACCAUGUAUUCUUGCUCCAGGCUAUAUUUCCUUGCACCCUGCCAUGUCUUCUUGGUUGACGCCCUGUCUCCUUGUUUCUCCCUUUGUUUCUGGCUAUGUUUCCUUGCACCCUGCCAUAUCUCCUUGCUCCUGGCCAUGUCUUCUUAGUCCCUGCUCUAUUUUAUUGUCUCUGUCCUUGCUCUCUGUGGUGUCUCCUUGUCUGUCUUCUAACUCACUGCCAUUUGUUUUGCCAUGUCUCCUUGAUUUCUGCCAUGUCUCCAUCUCACUCUUCUUUGUCUCUGUCUUGUUGCUCUUUAGCAUGUCUCCUUCUGUCUCUCUCUUGUUGCUCCCUGUCAUGUCUCCUUCUGUCUCUCUCUUGUUGCUCCCUGUCAUGUCUCCUUCUGUCUCUCUCUUGUUGCUCCCUGUCAUGUCUCCUUCUGUCUCUCUCUUGUUGCUCCCUGUCAUGUCUCCUUCUGUCUCUCUCUUGUUGCUCCCUGUCAUGUCUCCUUCUGUCUCUGUCUUGUUGCUCCCUGUCAUGUCUCCUUCUGUCUCUCUCUUGUUGCUCCCUGUCAUGUCUCCUUCUGUCUCUGUCUUGUUGCUCCCUGUCAUGUCUCCUUCUGUUUCUGUCUUGUUGCUCCCUGUCAUGUCUCCUUCUGUCUCUGUCUUGUUGCUCCCUGUCAUGUCUCCUUUUGUCUCUGUCUUGUUGCUCCCUGUCAUGUCUCCUUCUGUUUCUGUCUUGUUGCUCCCUGUCAUGUCUCCUUCUGUCUCUCUCUUGUUGCUCCCUGUCAUGUCUCCUUCUGUCUCUCUCUUGUUGCUCCCUGUCAUGUCUCCUUCUGUCUCUCUCUUGUUGCUCCUUGUCAUGUCUCCUUCUGUCUCUGUCUUGUUGCUCCCUGUCAUGUCUCCUUCUGUCUCUGUCUUGUUGCUCCCUGUCAUGUCUCCUUCUGUCUCUGUCUUGUUGCUCCCUGUCAUGUCUCCUUCUGUCUCUGUCUUGUUGCUCCCUGUCAUGUCUCCUUCUGUCUCUCUCUUGUUGCUCCUUGUCAUGUCUCCUUCUGUCUCUCUCUUGUUGCUCCUUGUCAUGUCUCCUUCUGUCUCUGUCUUGUUGCUCCCUGUCAUGUCUCCUUCUGUCUCUGUCUUGUUGCUCCCUGUCAUGUCUCCUUCUGUCUCUGUCUUGUUGCUCCCUGUCAUGUCUCCUUCUGUCUCUCUCUUGUUGCUCCCUGUCAUGUCUCCUUCUGUCUCUCUCUUGUUGCUCCUUGUCAUGUCUCCUUCUGUCUCUGUCUUGUUGCUCCCUGUCAUGUCUCCUUCUGUCUCUGUCUUGUUGCUCCCUGUCAUGUCUCCUUCUGUCUCUCUCUUGUUGCUCCCUGUCAUGUCUCCUUUCUCUCUCUCUUGUUGCUCCCUGUCAUGUCUCCUUCUGUCUCUGUCUUGUUGCACCCUGUCAUGUCUCCUUCUGUCUCUCUCUUGUUGCUCCUUGUCAUGUCUCCUUCUGUCUCUGUCUUGUUGUUCCCUGUCAUGUCUCCUUCUGUCUCUGUCUUGUUGCUCCCUGUCAUGUCUCCUUCUGUCUCUGUCUUGUUGCUCCCUGUCAUGUCUCCUUCUGUCUCUCUCUUGUUGCUCCCUGUCAUGUCUCCUUCUGUCUCUCUCUUGUUGCUCCCUGUCAUGUCUCCUUCUGUCUCUCUCUUGUUGCUCCUUGUCAUGUCUCCUUCUGUCUCUCUCUUGUUGCUCCCUGUCAUGUCUCCUUCUGUCUCUGUCUUGUUGCUCCCUGUCAUGUCUCCUUCUGUCUCUCUCUUGUUGCUCCUUGUCAUGUCUCCUUCUGUCUCUGUCUUGUUGCUAUGUCAUGUCUCCUUCUGUCUCUGUCUUGUUGCUCCCUACCAUGUCUCCCUCUUUUAUUUCAUGUGCUAACCUCCUUUUUCUUUGUUCACUUGAUUGUUUUUGCCUUCAUUUCCAAAUUUCUCCUUCCUUUCAUUUAUUUUCUUACGGCCUUGAGGGGAAAGGCAGAAAGAAAAAGAAAAUAAUACCUUAUACUCUCCUCCUUACUUUUCUUUUCUCUUUUUUCCUCUUCUUUCUCUUUCCACUUCUCAUCACUCUUUCCACUUUCCCUCUCUCACUCCACAUUUCAUUCUCUCUUGACAUUCCCCCUCUCUCUCUCUCUUUACAUUUCUCCUCUCUUUCCAGUUCUCCUCUCUCUCUCUCUUUCACCUUCUCAUCACUCUUUCCCCUUUUCCUCUCUCAUUCCACAUUUCAUUCUCUCUUGACAUUCCCCCUCUCUCUCUCUCUCUUUACAUUUCUCCUCUCUUUCCAGUUCUCCUCUCUCUUUCUCUUUCACCUUCUCAUCACUCUUUCCACUUUUCCUCUCUCAUUCCACAUUUCACCUCUCUCUCUUGACAUUUCCCCUCUCUCUCUCUUGACAUUUCCCCUCUCUCUCUCUUGA